AUGGAGUGCUCAUGCUUCUUCAUCGCAUCAUAUGCUCGUCCGGUGAAGUUUUGGGAGCGAGGUUACAAUACGAGACAUAACGACGCAUCUAACACUGCAAUGGCAUGGCAAGUCGAUCGUGAAGUGCGGGACGACAGCAAUCUGAAUGCGGUGUUUUAUGAGCAUUUGACUAGGAGUCUGCAAAAGAGUUUGGCUGGUGAUUUGCAAAUGGGUAGGUGGGCAACGAGUGUACAGCCAGGUGACUACUUCAUACUCACAAGUUUUUACCUAAACUGCCUGGUGCACAUAAUCGAGGUGGGAAAUGGAUUUGUCACUUUUCAGCUGAGAGGGCUUGAAUUUCGUGGUACCUUCUGCCAUCAGCGUGAGGUAAUCACUUUCAGUUUUUGAUU